AUGAUACAUAAUUGUGGAAUUGGAAAAGUGGUCAACGUGUGGACACAGGGAGUAAGCUACAACUUGGAUAGUUCACAAGAAGCAUCCAUUAAUCAACGACAAUAUUCAAAUAAUGAUGGUGAUAUUUUUGCAUUGAAUGUACUUGGAAUCACAGUUCUUCAGUUUGCAAUCACUUUUGGAGGAACAAACUUGUUUAUUCUAGUCCAACAGAUCAGUGAAUGGAUUAAAGGUAAUGUGGUAAUCUUAUGGAUCUCAUGCGCUAUCUACUUAGUUCUUCAAACAGUUUGGAUGUUUGUUCCAGCAUUAUCACGGAAAUAUCCAUACAAUGUAAUGUAUCUAAUACUGAUGACAUUAUUUUCAACCAUUGCAAUCGCAUCGGAUGCAACGUUGUACUUCGAGGAUGUUGUCUAUUUCAUCUUCGCUGUAUCGGUGACAUUCAUUAAUUUAAUUGUUUGCACUAUAACUGUUCUACAAUAUGAUUUCAGUAAACAUUACACCAUCAAUCUGUUUGUUACAUUAAGUAUUGAUUUGAUACUAAUCAUUGGACAGAUUCUUUACUUUACAAUGAAUAAGAAUAAUAUUGUACUAGUUAUUGCUGGUGCAAUUACAUUUCCAUUAACAGUCUUUAAAUUAUUAUUUGAAAUGAAGAUGGUAUUUGGAGGUGGUACAUUUCGAUAUCAUCAAAUGGAUUUAGUAUUAGCAGCUGGAAUUCUUUACAAUUGUUGGUGGAAUUUAUUUUUAACAUUAAUGUGGUUAUCUUCAAUGACAGGUUUAAGAAAUUUGAAUUCAACGAAUACUACUACUACCAGUACUACUUUAUUAAAUGUUCAAUCUUCAAUUCAUUUAAUAGUUCUAACUAAAUUCGAUUGA